UGACGCCACUUCCACCCAGCAUCCUGCCGCAGACUGGGCGACCUCGCCUCUCGUUCUGCGUCUGCUGCCGCCACACAACCCAAAACUAGAACCAGAACCGGAACCGCGACAAGAAGCGGCCAUGCCAGAAACCAGCAAAACUCACGUGAUCCUGCUGUCGUGCGGCAGCUUCAAUCCCAUCACCUAUGGACACAUCCAUAUGUUCGAAAAGGCAAGGGACUAUCUGCACAAAAGUGGCCGUUUCAUCGUGAUCGGCGGGAUCAUUUCGCCAGUGCACGACUCAUAUGGAAAAGCUGGUCUGGUGUCCAGCAGGCAUCGUCUGACCAUGUGUCAGCUGGCCGUGCAGUCGUCCGAUUGGAUCAGGGUGGACCCCUGGGAGUGCUACCAGGAUACAUGGCAGACCACCUGCAGUGUCCUGGAGCACCACCGAGACCUGAUGAAGCGAGUGACGGGCUGCAUUUUAUCAAACGUCAACACACCAUCGUCGACUCCCGUCAUCGGUCAGCCACAGACACAGGCUCCGCCCAUUUACCAGAACCACAACAACUUGAAUCACAAGACCACUUCCGUGAAACUUUGGGGAAAGCUGAAUGAGAGUUUGGCCAAAGUUUGCUGUGUGCGUCCUCACAUGGAACGCUUUACCUUCAUUGAUGAAAACGCCAACUUAGGACCUGCUAUGACAUACGAGGAGAUCGAGUUGCGCAUCUUGCUCCUGUGUGGAAGUGACCUCUUGGAAUCCUUCUGCAUUCCUGGCCUGUGGAAGGACAGUGAUAUGGAGGUGAUCGUGGGUGACUUCGGCAUGGUGGUGGUCCCUCGUGACGGCGCUGACACGGAACGGAUCAUGAAGCAGUCAUCGGUGCUGCGCAAGCACCAGGACAACAUCGUGGUGGUGACGGAUGACGGCAAGCAUCCCAUGGCGAAGGUCAGCUCCACUAAGAGCAGGCUGGCGCUGCAGCACGGCGACGGCCAUGUUGUGGACUAUCUGUGUCAGCCGGUCAUCGACUAUAUCCUCAACACGCAGCUCUACAUCAAUGCUUCGGGAUAGGUGCCGCUCGUAGUGCUGCGCGAACAUGUCUCCCGCUCGCUUUCACAACGCAUAUUCAGUGCAGUGAACCCUCACCCAUGCCCCUCGCCUCGACGUUCCACAUCCACUCGCAUCACACCAGAGCCUAAAAAGCAACUUUUUCGCCCUUUCAACACAUUGACAUUCAGCAUACAUACUUCAACUUUUUCCAAGUAUCUCUUUGUGCCUCUUCUCCAAAUGAGAGGCACAGCGUGCUUGCCUCAAGCUGUUUAUUUGCCACGGCAGUUGGUUUACUGAAAAAAAAAUGGACAAAUAUAAGAGAAAGACAAUUAACCAUUAUGUAUUUAAAUACCUACGUGCUCAACCAAACCAUAUGAUGAAGUUGAACCAAAGUUCAUUAGCUUAAUGCUAACAUUAAAUGGAAAACGCGAUAGAGAGGCUGACGGAAAUGAUCAUUGACAUUAUGGUAGCUCUAAACCUUUAAAACAUUGGCCACUGUAUGUCCGGGCAUAUUGCCAGACAUCAUAAUCUACAAAGGUUGCCAGUUGAGGCAACUGAAAUAUUUUUGUUGAAAAAGUUUCACCUUCAGUUUGAAAUUUUAGGCCUAACUCACGCAAACAGAGCAUCUACACAUACAAACAGCAUUCAACAAUACUCACUGACAUAUAUUUUCUCUGCUAUAGGGGACCCUCUUUGACUCUUCGUCUUGCUCGUAAUUACGGCACAUGUCUUUGGGUGUUGCUCAGUGCUGCCUCACAUGUUGUGGCACAAUGUGGUACUGCACUUAACACAACUCCAAACUCGAUCCUGCCUGUUAACUGUAAAAACCGGUAAAAUGAAUUUGCUUCAAAUGUGUAACAUAGCGGAGUCCAUGGGGGAUAAAUGGCAACUAAGUGGGGGUUCACUGUAACUGCGGGACUGAUGCACACGCACGUGUGCGUGCGUGUGUGUGUGUG